AUGAAUCAUCUCUACAAUCCAGACACAGCACUUUUAACAGACCCUUCAAUCCCAUUAUCAUGGAAACUAUGCAUUCUCCACGGUAAUUACGACGAUCCCACAACCACAGCACAAUCAUUAACCGGUCUUCGAAUCUCUUCAAUAUUUGUCAUAUUCAUAGUGAGCACAAUAUUCACCAUUUUUCCCCUGUUAUCCAAGAGUUUCAAAUGGAUCAAGAUGCCAUUAUACGUUUAUUUAUUCGCAAGACAUUUCGGAACUGGGGUUAUAAUCUCUACGGCUUUUAUCCAUUUAUUAGACCCAGCAUAUCUACAGAUCGGUGCUGGUAGUUGUGUUGGUGCUCAUGAUGGCUGGGAUUUGUUCCCCUGGGUGCCUGCGUUGAUUAUGGGGUCUGUGUUUUUGAUAUUCUUGACUGAUGUUUUGAGUGAUGUUGUUGUGCAGAGGAAAUAUGGGAUUGGGCAAGAGGAGGAGGAGGAGGAGGUUGAAAAGUCUCAGGAUCAACGUGGGUUUAGAUCACAAAUUGCAGCUUUUUUAAUCUUGGAAUUUGGUAUUAUUUUCCAUUCUGUAAUGAUUGGAUUGAAUCUUGGUGCUGUUGGUGAAUUAGAGUUUAAAACGCUUUAUAUUGUCUUAAUAUUCCAUCAAUCAUUUGAAGGAUUAGGUCUUGGUGCAAGGUUAUCUGGGGUUCCCUGGCCAAGGGAGCAAGUUUCAUUCAUAUGGGCAUAUUUGAUGUGUUUAAUGUAUGGAUUAGUUACACCAAUUUCCAUAGCUAUUGGGAUAAGUAUUAGACAUCAAUUCAAUUCAAAUUCUUUUAAUGUUAAUGUUAUUAGUGGUGUUUUGGAUUCAAUUUCAUGUGGGAUAUUAAUUUAUAGUGGACUUGUUGAAUUAUUAGCUCGAGAUUUUAUCUUCAAUUCUAAUCCGCAAAGGGAUUUGAAACAAUUGAUGUUUUGUAUAAUGAGUAUAAUUGCAGGUGCAGGGAUAAUGAGUGCAAUUGGUAAAUGGGCAUAA